AUGUCGUUCCUAUUACCACCCACUAUUACUCUGAAAUCAUCCUAUUUCAACCAGUACGUGAACUACAGCAAUGAUUCUGAUUCUGAAACGCAUGGCUUUCUCAAAGUCAACGGAUCAAAUGUCUUCAGCUCGUUAGCAAAGUUCGAAGUGGUGACGGCCAAUACUGGGAUGGGACUAGUCCAUAUAAGGUGCUCCCAGAAUAGAAAGUUCCUGCGAACGAGAAUUGAGGGUGAUGUGUACCUUUCUCCGGAGGCUGAUGAACCAGAGGAGGACCAAUCCAAAUGGUCGUGCACACUAUUUGAGCCUCAAGCAGCUGUAGAUGGCAACCCCGACAAAGCCCGGUUGUUCCAUGUCCAAGCAAAGCGAUAUGCAACGGUAUUGGACGAUGGUGGAGUAAGGUUCUUCAAAUUAGAUGACGGUCAGAGUGAUCAGGGUAUCUUCGAUAUCACUGACUGGCAGUCAUUGGUGAUAUUGCCAAAGCAUGUGGCCUUCAAAGCCAACAACAACCUUUACCUUCAGCUUGGGGAAAGUAAUCAGCUCAGGUUCGUGUCCACCGAUAAGGGGAUUCCUGCUUCGUGGUUCGAAGUGUCCACAGAUGGCGAUGGAAUGGUGAAAAUCAAAUGCUACAAGAACAAUUCCUACCUGAGGUUCGGCGGCAGUGACUACAGCAACUGGAUUUUUGCUGACGGAGGCAGCGCAUCGAAACCUCCCACCUUGUUUUUGCCAAUCAAGGUCGACACUAGUGCGGCCGCUCUCAAAUGCUUGGGCAACGACAAAUUUUGCGCCCUACACACCUAUGAGUAUGAUUAUACAGACGGUCUGAACGCGCCUGACACUAGUACAAGCAUUUCAAACUUGUCACGCUGGGGGCUGGAAGAGCUUGUUCUCUCUAGGAGAAUCUAUAAUGCCGACUUUGACCUUAAGAAUGCCAUAAUCUACGGCGAGACCCCGGUCACCAUGGCCACCGCAAACGCGAGCAACAAUACCUCAGCAGAAAACACUGUGGAAUUCAAGUUUGCAUACAAGGAUGGUAAGAGCAGCACGUGGAAGGCCAGCCACUCGUGGAUGAUAGGCAUGAGUGUCUCUGCCAGCUUCAAAAUUCCAUUCAUCGGCGGUACUGACGUCACUGCUCAAGCAGAGUAUUCCGGAUCCUAUGAGUGGGGAGAGACCAUUACAUCUGAAAACACAUUGGAGACCACCUACAAGGCUACAGUGCCGGCAAACACUUCUAUAACUGUGAGCCUGAUGGCGACCAAGGGAAGUUGUGACGUGCCUUACUCGUAUUAUCAGAAGGACGUGCUUUAUAACGGUAAAUCCGUUAUCUAUAAGAAGGAUGAUGGGGUGUACACGGGUGUCAAUUCAUACAAUUUCCGCUACGAGACUACAGCACGGAAAGAGCCGGUAUCUAUAGCUGAUUUGCUGGACCCGUCGGCCGACCCAACCACAGAGCAGAUGUUGCCGGACCCAUCGGUCGACCCCACCAUAGAACAAAUGAUACCUGAGCCUGUGCCGUCUGGAUCAACCACCAGAGUGCAAAACAAGUUCAAAACCAUAGCUUGA